CGUCUGCGCUCGUGCGAAUAGGUCAUUCCAUUCCGUUCACUGUGAAGAGGCAAGAAGGAUGUCAUUCAGCGUGGAUACCAUUUACGCCCCGUUACCUCAAACAAGUCGUGGCGUGCCGUUCGUACUGACGGGCGACCCGAAAGGCAAAAACUUUCUCUACACGAGCGGCAAUUCUGUCAUUAUCCGGGAUAUUCAGAAUCCUGAAAUAGCCGAGGUGUAUGCAGAGCAUUCUUGCCAAGCUACAGUGGCCAGAUAUGCUCCCAGUGGCUUUUACAUCGCAUCUUGUGACGUGCGUGGUAACGUGAGGAUCUGGGAUACGACACAGAAGGAACACAUUCUGAAAUACGAAUACAGGCCACUGUCGGGUGCCAUCAGAGACAUCGUGUGGUCACCGGACAGCAAGCGAAUUGUCGUGGGCGGAGAAGGCCGAGAAAAGUUUGGGCAUGCGUUCUUGUGGGAUUCCGGCAGCUCAGUGGGCGACAUUUCUGGACAGGCUAAGAAACUCAAUGCCGUUGACUUCAAAACGACGAGACCAUUUCGUGUUGUGACGGCAAGCGAAGACAGAAGUUUGGCAUUUUUUCACGGACCGCCAUUCAAAUACCAGUUUUGCAUGAACAAUCAUACACAGUUUGUAAACGCGGUUCGCUUUGCUCCCAACGGAGAGCUAUUUUGCUCCGGCGGUCAAGACGGCAUGGCGUUCCUUUUCAAUGGAAGUUCCGGUGAAUUUGUUGCACCGUUAGGAGGUGAGAAGUCUCACAACGGCGGAAUCUAUGCUGUGGCAUGGAGUCCUGACAGUAAACAGAUAUUGACAGCAUCGGGUGAUAAGACUUGUCGUCUGUGGGACGUCGAAACUCGUGCGGUCGUCACUGAGUUCAAGAUGGGCUCCGAGAUUACCGAUCAGCAAGUUGGUUGUCUGUGGCAGGACGACAACAUAAUGUCUGUCUCCAUGUCUGGCUAUAUCAAUUACUUAGAUCUCGCAAAUCCGACGAAACCGAGACGAAUUCUUAAGGGCCAUAACAAAGCAAUCAUGUCUGCCGUCCACGUUCCCGAAAAGAACAGAAUCUACUCGGGCAGUUUCGAAGGCAGAGUCGUGCACUGGGAUCCUACCGGUGCCGACAUGGACGAACUAUCGGGUCCCGGCCAGAGCACGACUCUUGUUAAGAUGGGCGUUCUUGGCGACCGGCUUUCGUAUGCUACGGUCGACGACAGUGUGAGAUCGAUCUCCAUGACAACCAAUGAAUACAGUGCUGAACCUGUGAACGUGGCUUCCACACCCGUCAACUAUGUUACGGAUGGAGAUAGUUUGGGUGUUGUGGUUACUGUGGAACAAGUCGUGUUGCUACGCGAUGGCAAAGUUGCGUUCAAGGUCGAUGCAGGGUAUGGCCCAUUGUGUGCUGCUAUUCAUCCGAAUAAGACGGAGGUAGCAGUAGGAGGAAAGGAUGCAAAGCUGCGUUUCUUUUCUAUCGACAACGACACGCUUGUGUCUAAGAAAGAGAUGACAUUCGACUCCGAAGUCAGUUCGUUGGCGUAUUCGCCAGACGGCGCCACGCUGGCGGUGGGUCAGUCCAAUCGCGAUGUCUGUUCAUUGAAUAGUGAAACACAUGAGAAAAUCCACAGCGGCUGGGUUUUCCAUACUGCACGAGUGACGUCUCUGGCUUGGUCGCCCGACUCACGACACUUGGCGAGCGGCAGCUUGGAUACCAACAUUAUCGUGUGGAGCAUGGAAAAGCCAAACAAGCGCAUCAUAAUAAAAGGUGCACACCCACAAUCGGAAAUCACAAGUUUGAAUUGGAUUGAUAACAACACUUUGCUUUCGUCGGGUCGUGACUGCAGCAUGAGGAAGUUCAGCAUCACUCCACAUUAGUGAUUGAUGCCGAAACGAUGGACACACGCGCGUGUGACUUAUUGCGGGGGAGACAUUGGGUUUUCUGUGUGAUAGCGAUGAUCAAAUGUGCGGGUAUCGGUAAUUCUAUGACUCGAUUGUAUGUUAGUCUUUAGUACACAUAUAUAAGUCUCACUCAAAGUGGUUGGUACGUUGUUGUAGUG